GCAUAGAUGGCGUCUGGCCUGAGCACAUGUUCAAAGAAGAAGAAAAUCUGAACCGUAGAAGAAGAGUCUGUUUACUGAUGUUGGACGGCAUACCACCGCUCACCGAAGGUUUUAAAUCUCUAACUAGGGGAAACAACGCUGCUGUGGACAUAACGAUGGCGGGCAGGAGGAGGCUGCUGCCCUGCGUGUUUCUGGGGCUGUUCGGUGUCCUGUGCUGGGUUUGGGUUUCUUUUGCCUCUUUUGCUGAUGACCAGCUUCUCGCGGAGGUUGUGGAUACCGCGGACCGGGGAGCCUUUCAGCCCCAGAGCGCCCUGUCAGAGAUGCACUUUUCCUCCGUCCCAUCGUUCAGGGGACCCGGGAACAGCGACCGGCGCAGCAACAAAGAGCUGCCCAUCAUCCUCUGGUGGAGCGGGGGACUUUUCCCUCAUUUUCCUGGUGACACUGAGCGUAUUGACUGUGCCACAUCCUCUUGUCUGGCUACAAGCAAUCGCAAGGUCCAGCUUUACAAGAGGACUACAUCCAUCAUCUUUUAUGGCACGGACUUCAGGGCAUACGAGGCGCCACUCCCUCGUCUCCGCCACCAGACCUGGGCACUGUUCCACGAGGAGUCUCCAAUGAACAACUACGUGCUCUCGCAUGUACCAGGGAUCAGACUGUUCAAUUAUACAGCCACGUUUCGCAGGGAGUCGGACUACCCUCUUACCUUGCAGUGGCUGCCCUCCUUGGACUACCUGCUGGAACCUGUAGCUGUGUCUCUGGAGGAGAAAAACCGCCUGAGGAGGGAGGGCUUGGCCCCGGUGCUCUACAUGCAGUCUCACUGCGACGUGCCAUCGGACAGAGACAGAUAUGUCCAGGAACUCAUGAAGUACAUUGAGGUGGACUCUUAUGGGAAAUGCUUGAACAACAAAAUUCUCCCAGAAUAUUUAGAGGAUACUGCCACCGCUACUGGCGAGGAGCCCAAAUUCAUGAAUUUUGUUGCACGUUACAAGUUCCACCUGGCACUGGAGAAUGGACUGUGUCCAGACUACAUGACAGAGAAGCUUUGGCGGCCUCUCCAUCAGGGCUGCGUGCCCGUCUAUCGAGGCUCCUCUCUGGUGGCCGACUGGAUGCCCAAUGACCACUCCGUGAUAAUCAUUGAUAACUUCCCCUCCCCGAAAGCACUCGCCGAUUUCCUCAAGCAUCUGGACGGGAAUGAUGAUGAAUAUGCUCGAUAUUUAGAGUUCAAGGACCACCGAAGCAUUACUAAUGCUCGUUUGCUGGAGGCACUGGAGACCCGUGAGUGGGGAGUUAAUGACAUGAGUAAACCCAACUACUUAAAUGGGUUUGAAUGUUAUGUGUGUGACCAGGAGAAUAAACGCCUGGCAGCAGAACGAGCAUACAGGAAAGCCCCCAAGAACAACCCGCCUCCUCAACCAAAAAUGGCCAGUAACUCCCACAUGGGCUGCCCGCUGCCCAGCCCCGGGUACGGAGACGUCCGCGACCUGCCUGGAGAUGACGGAUGGUUGCAAAUAUGGCCCCAGGAUUACUGGCAGAGCCUCGACCAAGCAGAGGGGCUGGAGUCUCUGAUAAGACAGAACGAGUCAGACCCCUCUCUGCUGUGGAAGCACAUCCAAAGCAUUGCUGUGAGCAGAGCCAGAGGAAAACAC